AUGAUGCCUAACUCUAAAGCACCGCAACAAGUUGCUGCUCCUCUGAAGGUAAUAGACGUGGUUGACCAUGCGCUAAAGAGUCGACUCUUGGGUGGCAGCACGUUCCAUUCGGGGUUUGAUAGCUUGGAUUCCGUGCUGAACUUGCAAUUCAGACUGCAUUAUCAUGUUCUUGGGUCUAGGGGGCUUGCAAAGCCCGUUUGUGAAGUUUUGUUGAAGGAUUGCAAAAGGCUGGAGAAGAACCUAGGUAUGAUGGAGGAAUUGAACGACUAUCCCGAGGUCGCAAGGCUGAUCGAGAAGGUCCUGUUCAAUUGUUUUGGCAUACUUUUCUUCUACUUAGGCCAAUUCCAGGAAUCGCAGCGCUGUUUGCUGCAUUCUUUGAAAAUUCAUAAUAGUACCGUGGCACAAAAUAUGGCACUACUGGAACAGUACGACCAAUUUUUGAUUCUGGAAAACUUAUACUAUCGUGGUCUACUCUCUCAGGACGUUAACAUCAUGCAGAACAUCUUUUAUAAGGAACUGUUGGCCCAUGUGAAUACGAUCCCUCCGGAGUCAAAUGGCCUUCUUUUCGAAUACAUUAAUAUGAUUGUCGCCAAGUUGAGGUUUAACCAACUUCAAGACUUGGCGGACAAUUUCAAAGCUACCGUUGACAGUCCCUUUAUCCUUUUUCUCUACAUUUUAAAGGAGUUUCAAUCAUCUUCUCAGAAACAUACUGAUAGCGACGAUAUUUUUUUGAAAAUGGGUCAGCAUGCAUUAUCGAAGGCGAAGUUUCCUAGUGCAAAUGAAGGCAAUAAUAAAAACUUGGAGCAUUUUAACAUCUUUUUACAGUACUAUUUCAAAUUCGCUUAUGUGGAAAAUAUAAAAGUUAAUCCCGGUUGGUAUAGUUUCAUCGUCUCUUCUAUGGAGAGGACUUUUCAAAGUAUUGACAUUUCCAAAACGGCAAUGAUUCUUUUUCAAAAUCUAAGCAAAAACAAUAGCAACGACGAAAUCAAGCAACAAUCACUAAAAAGAGAAUCAAUACUAAAUUUUGUUAACUUUGUCAAAUAUAACGACAAAUACUACCAACUAAACAAUAAUUCCCAUCAUGACAUCAUUUCUUUCCUAGACGCAUACGCAUUCAUCUUACAAGAUUCCUCUGAAGCGGAUUCCAUUGAAAACCUUUUUGAUUAUGAUAAAACGGUAUCUGCAUUUGCCACUUCACUAACAUCCUUUUAUGAAGAGUAUAACCUUCCAUUAAUGAGCAAAACGGAAUCUUUAGAUUGGCUGGAAAACAGCACCAGGUCUGUUUGUCCAGAAAACGUUUCGAAAGUUUUGGUCAAUGCAUGGUCGACCUUGUACGAAAUCAGAAAGUAUCAAUUGGAUUUCCUCACAUCUAAUGAUUUGACUUCAUAUUUAUGCAAUGCAAUGAUGUUAUCAACAAAGGAAAAGGAGAGUACUACCGAUGGAGGGGAAGAAGAAGAAGAAGAAGAAGAAGAAGAAACACUUCGUGAAUUACAAUUUAAAUAUUCUUACACUCUAGCACAACAGAGACAUAUUGAGCCUGCAGUCAAGACUCUAGAAUCACUUAUCUUAAACAAAAGUCCAAACUGCUACAAAGCUUGGCAUCUAUUGGCUCUGUGUAGGUCUGUUCAAGAGGAUAAGGAAAUGUCGUAUAAGAUUGUUUGCUCUGUACUAGAAGCCAUGAAUGAAAGUCUUCAAAAUGAUACUUUAAGUCUGAAUGAUAGAUGGCAACUCGUUCAUCUUAAAUUAACUCAAUUGGCUAUUAUUGAAGAAAUUUUUGGCACGUUGGAAGCUCUGGAAACACUGCCAGAAGUCUUCGAGCUUUACACAACAUUGUUUCCCGAUUCAAAACCAGAAUUGAACAGCACAGGUCCUAAGUACAGUCAAACUAAAGAAUACCUCUUACAAAUGGUCUGGAUCUUUGCUGCAAAUAUGUAUAUGAGAACAAAAGAAAACGACUCGGAUGCCAAGGCAGCCAUCAAGGAAGCCUCAAAAGUAGAGAGCAAAUUUAAGAACCUAAAUUGUAAUAUUGCUAACGGUUAUUUAUCGAUAAUAAAGAAUGAAGCAGAUGUUGCACUGAAAGAAUUUGAAACCGUACUAUACUACGACGAAUAUAAUCUGGACGCUCUGAUCGGAUUUGCCGAAUUAAUUUUCCCAGAGGAACUAGAUGCAAACGAGGAAAACCUCGAAAGUUACUAUACACUGAGCCUCGACAAAAAACCAACCAAGCGGGCUCAAUUAACGUUUGUAAAUGACACAGACAGGUCUGCAGCGUACGCCAGGUUAAAAUUUCUACUAGAGUGCGGAAUACUAGAGUCAAUAGAGGCGUAUCAUUCCCCGGAGGUAUGGUGGUACUUGUCUUUAAUUUACGAAAAGUAUCAAGAUGAUGAAUACAAAAAUUCCUUAUUAAAAUGUGUUAAAUAUCAAGAGUUGAACCCUAUUCGCUCCUUCAGGUAUUGCAAUUACUAA